UGAGAACAACGCUUUCAUUUUAACUGACUGAAUAACAAGUCAGAUGAGGGUUUAGAUAACUGACUGUCAUUCCUCUCAUUCUUCUAGAAGUGAAAGAGAUUUCAGAUCUGCUGUUCAACACAACACUUCAGAGGAAGCUGAAAGAUAUACACGUAUAAUCUGAGAAGUGAAAGAGAUUUCAGAUCUGCUGUUCAACACAACACUUCAGAGGAAGCUGAAAGAUAUACACGUAUAAUCUGAGUCCAACAGCAGUGAGUCGGUGAAGGACGAUGGCACUUUUCAAUGCACAAUAUCAGAAUUGUGACACAGAAGAUGCGCCUGAAAAAGAAAAUGUGAAACUCAAAGAAGUCCAGAAGAGCAGCAGUGCUCACCCUGAAGUCAGUGUGAAUGCUGAGACGGGAGGAACUGUAAAUGCUCCUGUACUCGCUGGAAACAUCAUUAAAGGCUCAGUGAUCAUCACCAACUACAGCACUGCAGGACACGAGUCACAAAAAAUCACAGAGACAGCAGAGAAACACACCAAAAAACAAGCAGAUUUGAUUCUGAAAAGCUUCUUGGAAAUUCACAAAUGCAACAUGAAGAAGAAAGCAGAACAUAUUUUUGAGGGCAAAGAAAAAGCACAUCUCCGGGAUUUUUACACAGAGCUCUUCAUCACAGAGGGAGAUAUGAAAGAGGUUCAUCAGGAACAUGAGAUUCUGAAGAUUGAUGAUGCUUUCAACAAGAACAAACAAACACAGGACAAACCAAUCAAAUGCAAUGAUAUAUUUACAUUAUUAAGGGAAAACAAAACAACAGAAAAAAUUGUGCUGACCAAGGGAGUCGCUGGAAUUGGAAAAACUGUCUCUGUGCACAAGUUCAUCCUGGACUGGGCAGAAGGAGAAGCCAAUCAGGAUAUACACUGUGUGUUCCUGCUUCCAUUCAGAGAGAUUAACUCAAUGACCAAUAAAGAUUUCAGUCUCCAUGAGCUUCUGCUGGAAUUUUAUCCUGAACUAGAAGACCUGGAGAAAACCAACUUAUAUAAGGAAAGCAAUAUAGUGUUUAUAUUUGAUGGACUUGAUGAGAGUCGCCUGGCUUUGAAUUUUAAAAGUAAAACAUCACCAAGAGCCAUUGUUCAGGAAAGAUCAUCAGUAGAUAUGCUGUUCACAGGUCUGGUCAAAGGUCAGCUGCUUCCAUCAGCUCUGGUCUGGGUGACAUCACGACCAGCAGCAGCCAAUCAGAUCCAUCCUAAGUAUGUGGGUUUGUUCACUGAGGUGCAAGGAUUCACUGACAAACAGAAGGAAGAGUACUUCAGAAAGACAAUCACAAAUAAGAGUCUGGCUAAAAGAAUCAUCUCACACAUUAAGACGUCUCGUAGUCUCUACAUCAUGUGCCACAUCCCUGUGUUCUGCUGGAUCACAGCCACAGUACUUCAGAAUAUUCUCAUCAAGAACAGUGAAGAAAACAUCAACACAACACUCACUGAAAUGUACAUCCACUUCCUGCUGAUACAGAUGAACAUCAAAAACCAGAAAUAUGAUAAACAAGAAGAAAGAGAAUCUACAAAGAACUUAGGCUCAAAUAGAGAAGUGAUUAGAAAAUUAGCCAAACUAGCGUUUGAACAGCUGAAGGAGGAAAACAUUGUGUUUUAUGAGAAAGAUCUGUCAGCAUGUGGUAUUAUUCUGAGUAAAGACACAGAGUUCACAGGAAUGAUCGCUGAGAUCUUUAAGAAAGAAGAUGGACUUCAUGAGAAGAAAGUCUUCUCCUUUGUGCAUCUGAGUGUUCAAGAGUUCCUUGCUGCAGUGCAUGUGUUCAUCUGUUACCUGGAGAAGAACAUGCAGGAGCUCCAGUUUUUCUUUGAUAAGCCCAAGGAAAAUAUCACACUGCAGAAGCUAAUGCAGAAGGCUGUUAAUAAAGCCAUGGAGAGUCAGAGAGGACAUCUGGACCUGUUCCUGCGGUUUCUGAUGGGCGUUACACUGGAAUCCAGUCAAAACCUGCUCCAAGGUCUGAUCACACAAACUGAAGACACCACAGAGAGCAUCACACAAACAACUCAAUACAUUAAACAAGUGCAAAGCAAGAAUAUCUCAGAUGAAGCUUCAGUCAACCUGUUCUACUGCUUACUUGAGCUCAAAGAUCAUUCAUUGUAUGAUGAAAUCCAGAGAUACCUCAGUUCAGAUGCACAUCCCGGAAGAAACCUCUCAUCUUCAAUGUGUUCAAUGCUGACCACAGUACUGCUGAUGUCAGAGAAGGUGCUGGAGGAGUUCAACCCAAAGAGGUUCACAUCACAAGAAAACUACAGAAGACUCAUUCCAGCUAUGAGAUGCUGCAGAAAAGCCCUAUUUAACAGCUGUGGUCUUGAUAAAACAUGCUGUGAAAGUAUAUCUUUAGCUCUCCAAUCUUCAGACUCACAUCUGAGAGAGCUGGACCUGAGUAUCAAUGUCCUGAAGGAUUCAGGAGUGAAGCUGCUGUAUGAUGGACUGAAGAGUUCACACUGUCAGCUGCAGAUACUGAGACUUUCCUUAUGUAAUCUCACUGCUGAGUCCUGUGAGAGUUUGUCAUCAGUUUUACAAUCCUCAUCCUCCUGUCUGAGAGAGCUGGACCUGAGUAACAAUGACCUGCAGGAUACAGGAGUGAAGCUGCUUUCUGAUGGACUGAAGACAAACUGUCAGCUGCAGAUACUGAGGUAAAUAAUUUUUACAUAAAAUUAUUAACAACAUGCUGCCACAUUUAGUCUGAGUGACGCAUGACACUGUAUUCAUUAACACACAAGAAAUUCACAUCUCAGAGUAACUCAGUUUGCAGUAAAUCCAAACUGACUGGAAUUGUAUGUUAUUUUGUAAAUGGAUUUCAAAUACUGAAAUAAAACAAUAA